AUGGCUAACUUGGAAUUUCACCCUUUCCAAGAUGGCUUCUCCAUUAAUCCUAACAGUGAACAGUCCAGCACCUUUUCAGGUAGUAUAGGAGAUCGGCCUCGAGAAUCGCUAGUAGAUGAUUCAGAUAUUCUUAACUCUGGUAAAAAGAGCAUUUUCUCAUUUUCAUACUUCCAGCAGUACUUUGAUGUUGAAACUGAUCAGGUUGUGAAACGGUUGAUGAAUAGUGUUGUGCCGACAGGAAACAACUUCAUUUUGGACUUUGUUCAGCCUGCUCCUGAUCUUUGGGGACCACUGUGGAUUUCGAUAACUCUGAUUUUUUCAAUCGGUAUCUUUGGAAACAUAGCCCAGUACAUCGAAAAUGAUGGUAAAACUGGUGAAUACGGAAGUGACUUCAGACUAGUAACAACCGCUGCAUCUCUUAUUUUCACUUAUGUGGUCUUCAUGCCCCUGAUCGUCUUUGCUGUUCUAUGGCAAAGAAAAUCCGACGUCGUAUUCCUUUAUGCCGACUUGCUUUGUGCAUUCGGUUACAGCUUAUCUGUUUUCAUUCCAGUCUCGUUACUGUGGGUGCUGAACAUUAACUGGCUCCGAUGGGUACUGAUCUUCGUUGCUGUGUCAUUGAGUGGUGGAGUUUUAGCUAAAGCUAUAUACCCUGCUUUCAAAAAUGAUUCGAAUCGAAUAAUAGCGUUUGGAAGCGUCUUCACAAUCCUCUUCGUUCAUUUUCUGCUGGCCUUCGCUUUCAAGGAGUUCUUCUUCGAUGCUGUUCAUCCAAUGAAAAGUCCAUCUGAGGUCAGUAUCGGUAGUAGUGGUGGUGGUGUACCAAGCCAGGUGAGAAUGAAUGAAGAACCAACUUUACCAAGUAUUAUCAAUGACACGCACGUGUCUCCAGCCAGUAUAGACGUAGCGAAUGUAACAGCCUUAGAACCAGAAAAAGUAUCAAAUGCUACCGUUGUAACAACGGAAGUCUCGGGUGUUUCCUCAAAUGACACGGUAAUAGAUAAUCCAACUAACUCAACAGAAAUAGUGAACAAGGCCGAUGGUGGUGAUUCCCCUAAGUCGAAUUCCGUUUAG